AAAGGAGCUGGGCGGAAACAGUGGAGAAGCGGCGCGGAGGGAACUGAAAAGGCUAAGACACUGGGAACGGGCGGAGGGAUACGUUUCCAUGGGAACGCUAGACCUCGCCAGUAAACCCGUGGACUUCCCCGGGGUGUCCCGCCCCCUCCCUUCCCCCCUUUCCUGUACCCUCCUCAUUUUCCUCCCCGUCUCCUUCCCCCCCCCCUUUUAUUUCCCCCAAUCUAGGGACCUUCAGCUCUAGUAAUCUUACUACAGGUACAUUAGACCAGCCUUAUGAAAGGCUGUAAAAUUUAACCGCUGAUGUUGCUGCUGCCGCCGCCUUUCUGCUGGGGGACCUGGCCUAGACUGCUACUCAGUCACCUUUGGGGCUCAUCAGAGGUAAUCGGGAGUUUGGCCAGGAUGAGACUAUCCUAAUGCUGCACCCACACUAUUAGCUCGCCGGCCUCCGUUGUAACAGCGACACCUCAGGCUGUAGAAGAAGGGAGCCCGGUCAGGAGAGCGGGAGCUACCCUCAUUGCGGCUGCAUCACUCCCCUUCAGAUAUUGCCCGUCUCUAAAGCAGGGAAGCAAAUAUGUCAUUGACUCUAAGUAAAAGAGAACACGAUAAGGGGAAUGACUUUACAUCAUUUACUCUAAGUAAGGCAGAAAGUGAUGAGGACAAGUUUGAAGACGCCUAUGAAGUUAUCCCUGUGGCAACAACAAUGAAUCUAACAUCUUCCCUGGAAGAAUGCACAACGGGAUUGUAUUUAUUUCUAAAUAACAGAUUCUCAGAGGCCGUAGACCUCAUUCAUCCGUGGUCGAAAAACAGCAUAUACCAUGCUCUAAUUUAUAAUAUCCUUAUGGUUGUCAAGGCCAUCUUGACUUUUGAUCCACUGGACCUACAGAUUGGAAUGACUGCCACAAAGGAAGCUUUGAAAACCUGUAACGGUUUCCGAAGAAAAUCUAGGAUGACCAGUUUUUCUCAUCUAGUGAGUAAAGAGGGAAUAAAGGCUAUCAAAGAAGAGGAACUGCAUGCAGAAGUCUGCUAUGCUGAGUGUUUGAUUCUGAAAUCCACUGUAACAUUUAUACAGGAUGACAGUAUGUUUGGUUUUCUUAAAAGCGCAAUCAACAUCGGGUUAAGUUAUCAAAUAUACAAAGACUGUCAACAAGUAUUAACACAGAUACCUCACAACCAGAGCAAAACCUACCGACACCUGGUUGGAGGAGUAAAAUUUGGACUUGGAGCGUUCAAUCUGAUAUUAUCGCUUGUGCCACCAAAGACCCUUAAACUACUCAAUAUUGUUGGAUAUUCCGGUGAUAAAGAGGCGGGCUUGGCUUUGCUUUAUGAGAGUGCAUCUGAAUCCCAUAUAAAUAAUAUCUUAAGUGUUUUGACUCUCCUCUUUUAUUACAGUUAUAUCUAUGUAGCUGUUGGUGCUGAAAAGGGUCACAAUGCUGCUGUAGAGGACCUUUUCCUAAUCUAUCUCCAGAAAUUUCCCAACUGUGUCAUACUUAAAUUUUUUCAUGCACGUUUUAGUAUGCUGAAAGGAAAUUUUGAAAAUGCACAGUUAGUAUUAGAGGAGUGCAUUUUCAUUCAAAAUGAAUGGAAGCAGGUUCAUCACCUCUGUUACUGGGAACUCAUGUGGUGCCACGUUUUUCUGCGGAAUUGGAAGCAGGCUUACCGCUAUGCCGAUCUACUGUAUCACCACAGCAGGUGGUCCAAGGCAAUAUACAUGUACAGUAAAGCUAUGCUACUCGCCUUGCUUCCUUCGGAUUCUGUCAGAUCAGGGAGCGAGGACAUAAACUCUCUCUUCUUAAAAGUGGAUAGCCUGAGAAUCAAAAUCCUGGGGACUUCUGUGCCAAUAGAAAAGUUCGUUGCUGAGAAGGGUCAGCGCUACGGCACUACUACAGGCUGGUUCACGGCACAGCCCAUUCUGGAAUUCCUUUAUGCCUGGAGUGGUUUCCGAGUCAUGAGCAAAAAACUAGACCUUAUUUCAAGCUGGCUAUCAAUAAUUAAUAGAGGACAAGACCUUUUACGAGAAAAUUCAAAUAAAGAGUAUGGCGCAGAUGACAUCAGUUUGUUAAAUUUACUGAAAGGUCUCUGCCUGAAACACUUAGGCAGAUAUUCCACAGCUGAGCAUUACUUUAAUCGUGUCAUUCAAAAGGAGAAAUUGUUAAAAUAUGACCACUACUUGGUGCCGUAUACUUACUACGAACUCGGAAUUCUUCACUAUCUAAAAGGAGAUUAUGACAGUGCAACAAAAAACCUAGACAACAUAAAAAACUACAAAGACUAUUCCAUGGAAACCCGAUUACAGUUUAGGGUUCACAUAGCUCUUGAACAAAUAGCUAAAGAAAAGUGAUGGUUUUGACACAAAGUGUGGUUUUGUUUAUUAUGAGUGAAGUAUCUGCAAUCGGCAAGGUAACUGACAGUUAGAAAAAUCAUUUCUUUGUGGAAGAAAUCCAAGAAGAGGCAGCUGCUAAGAAUCCGAUCAGUAACAAGUAAGAAAGGAACUGGUCAUUACUUUUCCCUCUUUCCUUCUCCUUACCUAUAAAAUGGAAUGUCUUAGACUGGCAAAUGGAGUGAUGCACAUUCUUGAAAAAGAAAAGGCAAAUGAUGUACAGUUGAGCCUUGAACAACACGGAGAUUAUGGGUGCUGACCUCCAUGCAGUCAAAAAUCUGAGUAUAACUUUUGACUCCCCCAAAACUUAACCACGAACAGCCUACCGUUGACCAGAAGCCUUAUCAAUAACAGUCGAUUAACAUAUAUUUUGUAUGUUGCAUGUAUUACAUACUGUGUUCUUAUAUACAAUAAAGGAAGCUAGAGAAAAAACGUCACUAAGAAAAUCAUAAGAGAAGAUACGUUUACAGGACUGUACUGUAGCAAAAAAAAUCCAUGUAUAAGUGAAUCCGCACAGUUCAAACCCAUGUUGUUCAAGGGUCAACUGUAUAUUACGAAAUAUACUCUCAUAUGUUACGAAUUUUUCAGUUAUGUUAGACAACAUUUUCAAAAACUCAAAAAAUAUUUUUUUAACAUCUCACUCGAUAAUGUAUACAACUUGCAAAUAAAAUAGGAAAAGUAGCCAUACCAGGAAUCCCAGUGCCCUAUAAAUGUUUUUACUGUUAAAAAAAGAAAGAAAACCUUUAAGGUCUUACUGACAUUUCAAAAUGAUGACGCACCCAACAGCACAGACUCUGAAUGUUUUUCCCUCUUAAAUAGUAAUUUUUAUUUCAAUUUUUUAUAUCAGAGAAGAUAUUUUCCUCCCUGUCUAUUUUCCCUUUUACCUGUAGUUUAUUUUACCUUUUUUACUAGGAAGCUCAACUAUGGGUCUAUAAUUUGCCACAGGGUAGAGAAGAAAAAGCCCCCCCCCCCAUCACACAUAUACAGAGGCAAACCCUUUGAAGAUAAUUGGAGGAAGCCGGGAGGAUAGAUUCACUGGGUAGGAAAAAACAGGUUAGGCUUAUGGAGAGAGACUUGAGUUACUGCUGGGCCCUCCCUUAGUUACUCUCCCUAAGGUGUAAGGAGCUACAACAUAAUUAAACGCUGCAUUUAUCCAGUUGCCAUCAUCAGUGUGCUAAUCUGAGAGUAAAUAGCAGCUGUAGGCAUGGGGUAUUGCUUUACCUGCCUUGGGGGUAAAAUCAGUACCUAGACCAUUUAAUUUCCAGACCAUUAAAUCUGGCUGAGUGUAUCCUCCCUUGGAAAGUCACCCUUGGAAACAGACCUUGCUGGGGAAGUCUGGUUUGCUAAAACACAGGAGUGAAACACAUUGUUUUUAAUGCUUUGGGCGUCUAAGCAAUCAACUGGAGCACAACGAGGAGCUAGUAUUUCGGAUUUAAAAACGCUUACUUUGAAAAGUACAUUCCUCAUUAACUAAAAAUUGACUUUCAGGUGAACAACUGUGCUUCAGUUUUCCUCCAUUACUUAAUUAGUGCGAUAUCAUGGUUAAGAGGGCAGGCUCUGGUCUGGUAGCCCGGAUUAGUAUCCUUGCUCUGGCCCUAGGUAGCCACGUGCUCUGUGCCUCAGUGUCCCUGGCUAUAAAGCAGGGUUGGGGCGCCUGGGUGGCUCCGUCAUUAAGCGUCUGCCUUCAGCUCAG